AUGGGAGAAUACGCAAGCCACGAAGCAGGAAAAGGUGUUUCGCCGGGCUUGCAUCCGGACGAUACUCAGCACGAGGUGGAGUUGCAGCGUGAACCCGGCGGCCUCGCGUCGCGUAUAUGGUUCACCAGCGACGUAUCCGCAAAAGCUUCCGUCGGUGUUGCGGCUGGUAAUGGCAAGGCGCACAAGAAGCCAGAAGGCAUCUUGCGGCAUGUCAGCGGGACCAAGGGCGCCACGGAUGAUACUGUCGAUGCUGACAACAAGCAGAAUGAAGGGCCUGUCCCGGGUCAGGACGAAGUUGAGUCGGUGCCUGAGCUUGGAGAACGCGUUGUCAGCGAAGCUGGUAGUCGUGCAGGCAGCGAUGACAGUGUUGCUGCGCGCGCCGAGCACCCGGACAACAGCUAUAUCACCGGUGGUGCACCUAAGAGGAUCUUUAAUGCUGACGGUGAGGGUGGCGGGGCUGUUGGAAGCAAGGGCUAA